UUCCAGUUUGGUUGUAAACAUGGUGCAGCACACAAUACCACUAAACCAGGAGCCCUUUAAUUUACGAAAAGGCCCAUAAUUAACGAACUGAUUUGAGGAGCAAACUUGGUAAUUAGCUCCUUUGCCCAACUUAUAAAUAUUUGAUUCCGCCCUCCCAACGACCCAAGAAAAUAUAUCUGUCGGGAGUUGGGACUCUGUCAAUUCGGUGCUGAGAUUUAUACAAUUUCAAUUGGGUUUCUUACUUAUUUUCCAAUCGAGCUUUACUGCCUUGGAUUGGAGCUCCUUCAACAAUGGCCAAGGGGCGUUAUAAUCGAUUCAACGCUAGAAAAUGGUCCAAGUUCACGCUCCUCUUCUCAGUUUUGUUCAUGUUAUCGCUUCUGCUUCUGAUGCUUUUGGCUCUUGGAAUAGUAUCGCUUCCGGUCAGCUCCGAUGAUUCUCCGCCUAACGAUCUCAGCUCUUUUAGGCGCAGAAUUGUUGAGAGAGCUGGUGGUCUGGGGAAGAGACGAGAGCAGUGGACUGAAGUUCUUUCUUGGGAGCCAAGAGCUUUCUUAUAUCAUAAUUUUUUGUCGAAGGAGGAAUGCGAAUACUUGAUUAGUAUUGCUAAGCCACAUAUGGUAAAGUCGACAGUGGUUGAUAGUAAAACUGGAAGGAGCAAAGAUAGCAGGGUCCGCACCAGUUCAGGAAUGUUUCUCAAGAGAGGGCGAGAUAAGAUAGUCAGAGAUAUAGAAAAAAGAAUAGCUGACUUUACAUUCAUUCCAGUAGAGCAUGGCGAAGGACUUCAAGUUCUCCACUAUGAAGUCGGGCAAAAGUAUGACGCACAUUAUGAUUAUUUCCUUGAUGAGUUUAACACAAAAAAUGGUGGCCAAAGGGUUGCAACUGUUUUGAUGUAUCUGUCAGAUGUUGAAGAAGGUGGCGAGACAGUAUUUCCUGCUGCCCAGGGAAACUUCAGUUCUCAACCAAAUUGGAAUGACUUAUCUGAAUGUGCAAAAACAGGACUUUCAGUGAAACCGAGAAUGGGCGACGCGUUACUAUUUUGGAGUAUGAGACCUGAUGCAACUUUAGAUCCUUCAAGUUUGCAUGGGGGAUGCCCAGUGAUUAAUGGAAACAAGUGGUCUUCUACUAAGUGGCUGCAUCUUGAAGAGUACAAAAUAUAAAAAGUAGCAUAGCAAAGUAGAGAGGACAUUCUUUUUUGAGGAGCCUGUACCAGUAACAUUCAUGCUUGGUCGAUAAGAUGCUGGUUUUUGUACAAAUUCCAUACAAAAAAAAAAAAAAAAAAAAAAAAAAAAAAACCGUCUCACCAUAGUGUGCACAGUUCUUCUUUACUCUUUUUUAGUGUGAAAAGAAUUUCUCCCUCGUUCUUAUUCUUCUAUACAUAAAUACAUAUAUUCAUCCUCUUAUUAAAUACUCAAUCAUAUGUCUAAAAUGUUAUUCUUC